AUGGCUCCCGCAUAUCCUAUUGUUGAUGAUGAUACUUCUACUGGUGAUUAUACAGACAUUACGACCCGUGAUUCUACAGAGGCAUUUGUUCACACUGAUAGAGCAUUCCCAGAAGGAACUAAUGACCGAUUAGUGCUCACGAAGUAUGAUAACCAUGUCACAUACAUAUUACGGCAGGGAGAUAACCGUCAGUCACUGAAGGUGACAUCCCACAGUUUAAAAAUGAAAAACUUCCCACACAGUCUGAUGCCUGAGCAGGUCAGACGUAUUUUUGCUGAUUUUGAUCUCCUGGAGUUCAUCAGUUGCUCACUGACCAUGCUUAACACUUCACUUCUGACUACUUUUAUUGAGCAAUGA